GCAACCCGGAAGUGGCGCUGCCGCCGCUGGCGCCGCGCUAAGAUGGCGGACGCGAUGGCGCCCAAGCGCAAGUACUGCGUGAACUGCCUGGCGGACGCGACCGCGGUGCGCGUUCGCUGCGCCGACUGCCCCGACAUCGAGCUCUGCCUCGAGUGCUUCGCGUCCGGGGCCGAGCUGGGCACGCACCGCCGCGGUCACGCCUUCAGGCUGGAGGACGCGGGCACCUUCCCGCUUUUUGACGACCCCGGUGCCCCAGGCCCCCGCGCCCCACCCUGGUCGUGCCUCGAGGAGCAGCAGCUGCUGGAGGCCGUGGAGCAGCACGGGCUGGGCAACUGGGCCGACGUGGGGGCCCACGUCAACGCCGCCUGGUGCUCCGCGAUGGGGGGCCCCACCGGCACGGGCGGGGGAGGGGGCCCCGGGCCCGGCGUGGGCGGCGGAGGAGGCAGCGGGGGAGGAGGGACCCCGGCGGGGGCCGCGUCGGGCGGAGGGCCCGGCGCCCGCUCGCCCGCGGACGUGGCGCGCCACUUCAUGGCGGCCUACGUGUACGGCAGCGUGGGGAGGGCUUGCGUGCCGGAGGUCAUCCCCAACCGUGUGACCGACCACACUGCGCCUGAGCCCCCCGUGGACCGUGGGGGCGGUGGCUCAAGCUCCCCUCCGCCGCCGCCGGUGCCCCUCUCCGCGGAGGAGCAGCAGACGCUGGGGUACAUGCCGCUGCGCGACGACUUUGAGAUGGAGUUCCUCCCGCACGCCGAGACGCCCGUGUCGGAGCUGCCCUCCUUUGAGCCCGACGAGGUGGCGCUCGUCACGGAGGCGGCCCGCUCCUCCUCAUCCUCGUCGUCAGCAGCAGCCCUCGAUCACCACGACGGCGCACAGCUGCUGGAGCUGGAGCUGAAGAUGGCGGUGGUGUGUGCCUACGUCCGCGCGCUGCACCAGCGCGAGCUGCGCAAGGCGGCGGCGCGCGAGUACGGCCUGGUGCAGGCCUUCUUCGGGCGGCCGUGCGCGCUGCAGGCCGCCUACGCCGCCACCACCGCCCAGGGCGCCGGCGCCAGCCCUCCCACGGCGGCCUCGGGCGGCGGGACCCAAGCGGCGUCGGCGUCUCAGGAGCCGCCAGCCAAGCGCAAGAUGGCCAAGGAGGAGAAGGAGCUGCUGCACAAGCUGCGGCCGCUGUGCCGCCUCGUGCCGGCGCGGGAGUUUGUGGAGCUGCUGGAGGGCGCACGGCGCGAGCGUUGCCUGCGGGAGCGCGUGCGCGAGCUGCAGCGUGCGCGUGCCCGCAGCGGGGUGCGCCGACUCGACGACUUUGCGGCGCUGCGCCGGAACAAGCGCCGCUUCGGACAGGCGCAGCAGCAGCAGCAGGGCGCCGGGUCGGGCACCAGCGGGCACAAUGGGCGCGAGCGAGCGGACGCAGCGGCGGCCGACGCGGAGGCGGAGGAUGCUUGUGGUUACGCCCGAGCUCUGUCGGAACGCGAGUCGGCGCUGUGCUCCUCUAUGAACCUGUCGCCGGCGCGGUAUGUCACCGCCAAGACCAUCGCUGUGCUGCAGAGCUCCACGCACAGGCACGCGCGCAGGCUGCAGCAGCAGCAGCAGCAGCAGGCGCAGCAGCAGGUGCUGGGUCAGCAGCAGCAGCAGCAGCAGGGCAAGGGCCGCUCACAGGGAGCAGUGCCACUGGGACAAGGAGCGUUGCCGAUGCUGCUGGAGAAAGCCGUGAGGAAGAAACUCAUGGGGUUCCUCGGCCGCAGCGGCUGGGUCGGAGGGGCGGGGGGCAGGGAGGUGCUGUAAGUCGGGCACGAGGGUUUGGGGGGGGCGGCGUGAGAAGAGGGUGCACACGACCCCCUCGCUCGCGAGGGCGUGAGAUGGACGCAUUUUAAACAAUUGUCCCAAACUCCUUGCCCCCCCCCCCUCUACCCAGUGUCCCCCCGCAUCUCCGCAUCCCCCGUGCCUCAACGUCUCAGCCGUGGUGGUCGUCGCGUUCAGGCCACUCAAGGCCUCCUCAUCCUGCCGAGUUCUGGUCAACGCGAGUCUCCAAAUCUUCCCGCUGGAGACCUCCCCGAGACCCAGAGCGAUCUACCGAGCGCCGCAGAGAGACAUCUGCUCUCGCGCGAGACACGUGUGAGAGGAGACCGAUCCGUCAUUCAUAAUUCUUGCUUCUCAGUAACUGACCAUGGAGGUCACUGUUUACUACCGUCGCUACCCAUGGAUUUCCCCUCACGUUCACGUUGCAAAUCACAAAUUACUCUAAAGCGUGUUAUCUACUUACAAAUUUGUAAUCGUUAACUAUGUUACACACGUCCCAUCAUCCCUCCCUGGGGGGGGGGGGGGCAAAAAAAUGAGCACCGCUUUACGUGCAUCAUAGGAAUGUAGAAUUUCCGCAUAUCGUCCGUUUUGCAAAAUUGGCCUUGCGUGAUGGCGAGUAUCAUUUCGCUCGUUAACGUUUUGUUGAAAUGGUUAAUUUCCUGCCAGAAUAUUUAUUUAAAUAUCGAACUCUGUACAUAGAUACCUGUGACCCUGAAACAACGACUCCCGUUCACAGUCAGAGACAGCUUGACGAUUAUCACAAGAGGUCAAAGUUUUAUUUUAUUUUUUUACCCGUAACCAAAUCUCGACUACUUAGUCACGAACAACCCUAUUGUGGCCUUAAAUAUAUAUCGUAGGUGACGUUCCCGGGAAACGACACUUGAUCACAGCACACCGAUAAGAGAGGCGAGAGAGAGAGCUGGGAGCCUGCACUACGUCCACUACGGGGCCUUGACGCACGUGACCGUCCCCUACUGGUGACCGGUUUUGAUUGGCAACGUCCAGGUCACCUUCCCGGCCACCCUCUCAUACUCUCUCCGCCACCGACACGGCUAUUUGAUUGUGCAUCGCUUGUGACCUUCGCUCGAUUGUUUUUAAAGCAGGUGGGAGAGUUGGCUCUGUGUUAUUACCGUGUGCGCAAGUACACGAGACAAAGAUCCCCCACGUAGCCCACACAGGCUUCUGGGGCAAGUGCUCUUAGCGAGGAGCACUGGGCAAAGGCAUGGCGGUGCGGCACACACGAGGAGUGUGGGUGGUGUGACCAGCACCAUGCCCGGGUCUGCUACGUUUGUCUCCUCCGAAAUGUUUACUACACACCACACUCGGGUACUACUUUCAAGGCUGAGUCGACCUCGGGGGUAGAUUGGUUCUGAUGUCACCGGGUAUCGAACUCUCGCAAACCUUGAUUGGAGUGCGGUGCGCUAAUGACUGCGCCGUUCCCCACUGCUUAUACAAAGAUCGACACACGUGCACACUUAGACGCAGAGAAAUAACAUGUUAUGUAAAAUAAGAGGUUUUUGUACAGCUAAUAAGAA